UUUUCGAAGCUGGCGGCUGUUGGUCGCAUCUGCUCCAAACAAACUCACAGUAAAUUUUAAAAAUUCGUCGCGUGUGGAUGCGUCUGCUCGCUCUCUGUGAUACAAUAAACUAACCGAAAAUCCCGCUUAACGCCCACUCAACUACGCCAAUUUGUGUUUGCUGUGAAUAAUAACAACGAAAUAGUACACCGAAAACUAUACAUCCCAACUAUCGCUGUUCCAGUAAUCCAACACAAACAACGUUGUCGCAAACUUGCUAAGUACAGCAGACAUACAAAAUAUUAUAAAGAAAAGGAAUACAUCUCAAAACCUAAAACCCGUUUAAAGCCAAAAUGUCAUCGAAUCGUGCACCAAAGUCUGGUUUUGCUGCCGAAGCACAACGCAAAAUCAACUCAAAAUACAGCGAAGAGCUGGCCCAAGAAUGCUUAGAAUGGAUCAAGAUCGUCACUGGUGAACCCAUCAACACAGCCGGUGAUAUGGACAACUUUUUUGAAGUGCUAAAGGAUGGUGUACUGUUAUGCAAAUUGGCCAAUGCACUGCAACCGGGCUCAAUCAAGAAAGUCAACGAAAGCAAAAUGGCAUUCAAAUGCAUGGAGAACAUUUCCGCUUUCUUGGCCUGUGCUAAAAACUUUGGUGUACCCACACAAGAGACAUUCCAGAGUGUCGAUCUUUGGGAACGACAAAACUUAAACUCCGUCGUCAUAUGCCUGCAAUCAUUAGGUCGUAAGGCACAUAACUUUGGCAAACCAUCAAUUGGUCCCAAGGAAGCCGAUAAGAAUGUACGCAAUUUCUCUGAGGAGCAAUUGCGCGCUGGUCAAAAUGUCAUCUCACUGCAGUACGGCUCAAAUAAGGGUGCCAAUCAGUCGGGCAUCAAUUUCGGCAACACCCGACACAUGUAAAUGCCACACAUUUCUGAUGCGCGGCAAAUGGCAAAGCGCUUAUGCUAUCGCAUAUUAACCAAUAUCAUUGGUACUUAGAGAUGAACGCAGCGUUAUAUAUGUAUGUACAUACAUAUGCAUGUGUAUAACGGCAUUUUAAUAAUAUUUAAGCAUUCCAUAAGUGUCCAAAGGUUUUUGAAAAGACACGAAAAAACGACAACCUACAAAUGUAUUCCAAAUUUUGCAUUCUAUAUUUUUUAACUUUAACUUUAUAAACAUGUAUUGAACGUAUUCUAAGCAUAAUUGUACACCACAAAAAGAGAAAAUGUAAUUUUUUUAUAAUAGCGUUUGAUUUCUUUUUAACUUAAAACACAUUCUUCUUACCCAUAUUUAAUAAUACACUAAAUAUUUUUUUUUUCUAAAUUGAACUAAAUCGGCACUUACAAACACUCAAACGGAAAACUAUAUAUCCGAGGCGCGUUUGUCCCCACUAAUAUACUGGUGUUAUAUGGGUGGAGUAAAUGCCUCGUACGUGCCAUUAAGCAUUUAUAUUGUAUGUAAUCUUUUACAUACCUAUAUUUAAUUAUUCUGAAAGGAGGCGAAUCAUUGUUAUUUUCUCUCUAUAUAUGUAUGCUUUACAGUAAUAUAUAAAAUUACAUAUACGUACCGAUUUUUGGCAGCAACAAUUUAUUUACAGUAGAAAUAAUACAAUGUUAUGGCCUUUGAAGUAUACAAAAUAACAACAACUAAACAACCACCUGUAAAAAAACUGAAACAAAAGUGUCUUCUCCCAUUUAAUUACCGUUAAACAUAAAGUAGAAAGUAUUUAUAAAUCAUAUAUUACAAUACAUACACAGUGAUACGUAUUGGUAUACUGAUUAAAUCUGUUCAUGUUGAGUAUGAAAUAAACUUUAUUAAAUAAUAGUUACUA